CGCCAACUUUUUAAGCCGGCAGUAUUUUCACAUCACCAGGACCCCUCUCCAGCAACCGGCGACGACCUCACCGCAACAAAUACAGCAUUCACCCCGUCGAUGCGCCACACCGCAUCCUGAUCGCAAAAAUGGGGAGAAGACCGAAUGCGCUCAUUCUGCAGUAUUUCGAGAGGGGCCCGAAGCUGCAAGACCAGAGCAAUCGCUAUCCCCACACGUGCAGAUCAUGCGGAGAGCACUUCCCACGCGGCCGCCUCGAUAGCUUGACGAGCCAUCUCACCAAGAAAUGUCCCGCCAUCAGCGAGGCUGAGCGAGUCAACGCUCUGUUGACUCUGUCGGGCAUGAGCCAUGCUUCUCAGAGGUUGCAGCAGACCCAGCAGGCCCAGGCCCAGGCCCAGGCCCGGGCUCGCGAUCAGGCCAAUGGCUCACCAGUCGACUUGCCCAUGAUACAGCGAGACUGGACGGCCCUCGGAGUCCUUGCGGAAGUAUCCCGACAGAUCGAUCUAAACGAAAAGAACGACGAUCGCGGCCAGCCCAAUGAUGCAGUGCCUCCUGCCACCGUGCCAGCCGCGUCGCAGCCUAGCGACCGCUCCGAACAGCAAGAGAACUAUAGUCUCGAGAAUCAGGCAAUGAGCCAGGACGGCGCGACUCCGAAGGGAAUCAAGGCCGAGCCAUUAUCGCCAGAUGGGGCCAGAGGCCUCACCGCUGAAGAACGUCUGCAAGAGAUAUUGCGCGCCGAGGAUUCCAACAUCGGCAGCACAGACUCUGCCAAUAUUUCCAUGGCUGCCGCCGCCACGGCCCGCCUCCACCCCGAGUACCUUGACCCGGAAAUACUUGGCGAGGAAGCCGCUGCAGCCGCCGACGCUGCUACAGCUACUGCCGCAGCUGCUGCGGCUGCCGCAACGAACAAUCUCCCCGUAGCCGAUAUGGGCGUCACAGAAGAACCUUCCGCGAUACCGACUACCAAUGCCCCUCAGCCUUGGGGAGAAAUGACCUACGCAACCGACACCUUCCAGGCAAAUGUACCAAACAAUGGGCCCGCUGCGCCUAUCGCGCCUACUACCCCUCUUGCUAAAGGCGGCUACCGCUUAGAGCCGGCCGGCCCGAAUGGUGCCAAGUCCCGCCAUUCACGUGCGCGUUUCAAUGCGGUUAGGAGAAAGGAGGUCCAGGAGGUCCGGAAGAUAGGCGCCUGCAUUCGCUGCCGAGUGCUUAGGAAAACCUGUUCGCAGGGCUCCCCCUGUGAUACUUGUCGAAAGGUCCUGUCUCCCCGGGUCUGGCGCUCGGGCUGCGUCCGCACCAAGUUCUCUGAGCAGCUCGAUCUAUACUCGGCUGGAGUGCAAAUCGUCCUGGCGCAAGCUAGGGUCAACUCGCUCAAACAAGCCAUGACUCUCGGCAACCAUGGCGUCCUGGUCGAGGCCUGCCACUUCCCAGAAUGCGGAUUCCGCCUCCAGCUCCAAGUCCUACAGCGCGAUCCGGACCGGGACGCCGAGGGGAAGCCGGUCGAUUGCACCAUCACGGAUGAUAGACCAUCAACUUACCCCAUCGUUAUGCUAGAUAACGACGGCCAAGACGUGGCUGCGAGAGUUGAGACGUAUAUGCGUGAGGUGCUACCGGAGCUGAUCAGACGGGAGCCCUCUCACUUCAUGCAGGUCACACUGCAAACCGCUGUCGAUGUGGCUGGCAAGACGAAUGAUGAGCUGCUGAAAAAAUCGCUUGAGCUGUGGGGACUUGUCGAGAUCCUAGACCGUGAGCGGCAGUGGACGAUCAACGCCAAAACCUGGGCUGACGACGCCCCGGCCAGGGCCAUCAAAGAAGACACGGACGGUGAGCUCUUCAACACCAUCUGUCUUCAGCUCGCUGCCUCGGCCGAGAGGAAGGCCGCUGCUACGAGCAAAGCCCUUCUCACCGGUAUGCAGCGGGUUCUGCAAGACAGCAAGGUUAAGAUCGAUUUCAACAUGUAUUUCGCCGUCCUGAUCCUGCUCAACUGUGUCGAGAAGUCCAGCUGGGCCUUCAAGGCGUGGGAGCAAGAAAACCUGCGCCACCUCUGGCCGCUCGAGAAGGAGCCCGUGAGCUUCGCGCAGCAAGGCUACGUCAUUGCCAACCUGUUGCACAUGCUCCUGGGCAUCCGCAAGGCCCUCCCGCGCACGGCGCGCCGCGAGGCAGACGGGAAGCUGAUCACGGAGGAACAAAACCCGGAGAUGCGCGAGUAUUUUGAGGCUAUAAACCUCGACUUCGCCCAUGUCAAGGCCAAGCAGGAGCGCCCCGCCUUUUCACCCACCGAUUCACGGUCGUUUGAGCUCCUUUUCUGCUCGACCCUCCUCCUUCCCAGCUCCGACUAGCUAGAGCCUGCUUGCCGUUUUAUCCCGCAUGGGACUUAGAUGCUCCUUCAGACACGCGCCUCCGCCUAAGGGAGUGUGUCACCCUUCGGGUUCUACUUACUAUCUUUGAUUUUCGGGAAUUUAUUUUCCAUUCCCUCCAUUUUCGCUUAGCGAUGGAUGGCUCACAAGAAGAGCCCAUGACUGACUACGCCAUGUACGAUUAUGAGAUUUUUCGCCGGCGUCUUGGAGGAGUCGAGUGGUCAUGGCCGUGAAACUAAUGGUAUAAUGUAGC